AUGAGGGGCUUACAGGCUGUCGGCAAGGUGGUAUCACCUGCCAAGAAACAGUCUCUCGCCAAUGGGAUGCCUCUGAAGAGGCUGAAUAACCAUGUUCCGCAGCCGAACCAAAUAAUGCAUCCAUUCCUCGGCCUGACACAGACUGAGCUGGGCCUACUGUGCUGUACUGAGUGUGAACCGCGCAUUCGGAGUGGCAAGCAGAUCAUACCAGCGAUGGUACGAGAUCCGAUGAAGGACCAGACGGAAUAUACCCAUGCAAAACUGCAGUUUCCGCUGUUGACAAAUAUAAGCGCGUGGGUGAAAGAUCAUGCCAUGUACCAAUACUCGUCAGAAAAGCAGCUCGUCUCUGCUGCGACACUUCCCGCCUUUAAGGCGGCUGAAACCGAAAUCCCGGAAGCAAUCCGUGCCGUGUGUCAGCCAUCCGCACAAUCCAUUGAAGGAAUCAUCGCUGCUGGAGUGGUAUCGACAGAAGACUUAUUCCAGUUUCUUUUGGAGACCUACCCAGCACGUGCGAAAACGAUACUGCCCAUUCUUCUACGGGAGUACCAAAAGCUGCCGCCUGCUGAACUUCAUCUGGAAGGUACAUUACAUCGUGCAUUGCUUGCUUUCGAGGGCCAAACCGUCGAUAAGGAGGAUAUUGAAGUUCUCAAUCGUCUUCUUGAUAACUACUCUACAGAAUUUGGACGCCGGUAUGAGCAGGUGCUUGAUGCGACUGUUUUACAGCAGCUGCUACGGUUCUAUAUCAGCGGUUCUGCUCUGACCAACUCGAGGACGACUCUCCAAUUUCUGCUGAAGCGGGGUGUAUGUCCCAUCCCAGAGGUCCUGGAUGCUUACUUCUUGUUGCUGGAGAAAGCCAUUUCUGUCAAGAGCCAGCCUGAUUUGCAGGCCCGUCGUCUUGCAAAGAUGGCCUGCAUAGCGGGAUGCGCCCCUAUAUUAAAGCACACAAUAACCGCAACAAUGCUGAGGGUUCUAACCGGCUGUGCGGCCCACACCGGCGAAAUACUCCAUCUCGUGGAGCUCGCAGCCGGUAUGCCCUCCUGCAAGGAAGUUUUACAGGAAAAUGCUGUGCAACUGGUCAACGCUGUUUCAUCGUUUGCGCCAUCCCCAGCUGUUGAAAACUGUACAAAUAUCUCUCUCUUAUUGCAGCGGCUCGAGCAGAUAUAUCCUGAUGGGUUGCCCAAACAGUUCGUUCACGCAGCCAGCCAGGCUUAUAUGCAUAACGGCAAUUGGGGAGCAGCAGCAGUCAUAUGGAAUAGAUAUGGGGUCCCCGAAGGUUUAGUCGAGAUCCCAGUAGUUAAUAUAAGAUGCCGGUUUCCUGGUUUUAGGCAGGAAGAUAGGCAACACUUAGAGACGUUACUUAAAAGUAAAUAA